AUGAACCUCAAUUGUUCCUUGUGGCAGGACAACAGCAUGUCUGUCAAACUGUUUGCAUUUACCAAAUUCUCUGAGGUCACUGAACAAUGUUUCCUUCUAUUUACUGUCAUCCUACUCAUGUUCUUAACAUCUCUCACAGGCAAUGCUCUCAUAGCCCUUGCCAUCUGGACCAAUCAAGUCCUCCAUACUCCCAUGUACUUCUUCCUGGCCAACUUGUCUCUCUUGGAGAUUGGCUACACUUGCUCUGUCAUACCCAAAAUGCUGCAGAGCCUUGUGAGUGAGGCCCGAGGAAUCUCUCGAAAGGGUUGUGCUACACAGAUGUUUUUCUUUUCGUUAUUUGGUAUCAGUGAGUGCUGCCUUUUGGCAGCCAUGGCUUUUGACCGCUAUAUGGCCAUAUGCUCCCCACUUCACUAUGCAACACGAAUGAGUCGUGGAGUGUGUGGCCAGUUGGCAAUGGUUUCUUGGGGAAUGGGAUGUAUGGUAAGCUUGGGGCAGACCAACUAUAUUUUCUCCUUGGACUUCUGUGGCCCUUGUGAAAUAGACCACUUCUUCUGUGACCUCCCCCCUAUCCUGGCACUUGCCUGUGGGGAUACAUCCCGUAAUGAGGCUGCAGUCUUUGCUGUGGCCACCCUUUGCAUUUCCAGCCCAUUUUUACUGAUCAUUGCCUCUUACAGCAGAAUUCUAGCAGCUGUGCUGAUCGUGCCCUCACCUGAAGGCUGCCGGAAAGCCCUUUCCACCUGUUCUUCCCACCUACUUGUAGUAACACUCUUCUAUGGCUCAGCAUCCAUUGCUUACUUGAGGCCCAAGGCUAGCCAUUUACCAGGAACGGAUAAACUCCUAGCCCUCUUCUAUACAGUGGUGACAUCCAUGCUCAACCCCAUCAUCUAUAGUUUAAGGAACAAGGAAGUCAAGGCAGCUCUCUGGAGAACCAUGGGUGGGAAAAAAGUUUUGACUCAUGGGUAGAUACUAGAGAACCAUGCAUAUCUACUCUUUGGAAAAGAUGCACACGUAACUCAAGAGUAAAGAA